UGGGUAAUGGAAAGCAUCUGACCCGGGAAGCGAGGGGCUUUCCUGGGAAAUUCAGAGGCAGCGGGAAGGUAGGGCGCCAGCUUGCAGGACGCCUGCGCGGCGUAUCGUGCGGGGCGGGUGCUUCGCCGGCCAUAAAGCGAUGGAGGAAGGCGGUGCUUAGCAGAACUGCUCGGCAGCCAUCGCGGAGAAGAAUCCUGUUGGUGGCACGAGUCGGUCGCAACGAUGGUGAAAGCCAUAGGGAGCCUGGUUGAAUUCAAUACAGAGUUGGAAAGCGCUGUUGGGAAGCUUGUUGUUGUCGACUUCUCUGCCACUUGGUGUGGGCCAUGCAAAAUGAUUAAGCCUUUCUUCCAUAGUCUUAUUGAAAAGUAUCCAGACGUAAUAUUUUUUGAAAUUGACGUGGAUGAUGCUCAGGAUGUGGCCGCACACUGUGAUGUGAAGUGCAUGCCGACAUUCCAGUUUUACAAGAAUAAAGAAAAGGUGCAUGAGUUUUCUGGUGCAAACAAAGAGAAGCUGGAAGAAACUAUUAUGAAGCUUAAGUAACCCUGGGGCUUUCCUGUUCAUGAAGUGCUGACUGUUAUAAAUUAUAGCCUUUUCUACACAGCAGAGUGAUCAAGUUAGAGUAUGUGUCUGAAUUCUUUGUCCCUUCCAAAUGUAAAUGAAAACAAUAAAAAUAUAUAAACAGG